UAUUUUUCAACAUUAAUAUGUGGCUCGCUAGCCUCUAUUUUUCAACCUCUCUACAUCUCUCGUAUAAACGAUUGUAUCUCCUUUAACACAAAAAUAGACGAUAAUAUCUCUCACCACAAGAAUCAAUAUUACCAAAAAGAAAUGGUUUCAUCACUUAACAUCAUCGACGUUGCACGAGUCACCCCUUCAAACUCUGACUCGACCGAGUCACUCACUCUCUCACUAACCUUCUUCGACCUCCUCUGGUUCAAGAUUCACGCCGUGGAACGAGUCAUCUUCUACAGACUCAAUGACGCAACUCGCUCUUUCUUCGACUCAGUCAUCGUCCCCAAUCUCAAAACCUCACUCUCCUUAUCCCUCUCUCACUAUCUCCCACUCGCCGGAAAACUCAUCUGGAAACCAUUUGAACCCAAACCAAUCAUUGUAUACACCCCAAACGACGCCGUUUCAUUCACCGUCGCCGAGUCAAACGCUGAUUUCUCCCGCUUAACCGGAAAAGAACCAUUCUCCGCCACCGAGUUGCACCCAUUAGUCCCCGAGUUACAAAACUCCGACGACUCGGCUUCCGUCAUGUCAUUUCAAGUCACGUUAUUUCCAAACCAAGGGUUUUCCAUCGGCGUAACCGCACACCAUGCCGUUUCCGAUGGAAAAACGACAACCACUUUUCUCAAAUCUUGGGCUCACUUCUGUAAACACCAAGAUUCUUCUCUACCGGAGGAUCUGAUUCCGUUUUACGAUCGUACGGUCAUAAAAAAUCCACCGAAUAGUGAUAUAAAACUUUUGAACUCAUGGCACUCUUUAGCCAAAAUGUUCUCCGGCGGUAAAGAACCACAAAACCCCAAGAGUUUGAAGUUUCCUCCAUCGCCGGUGAUUGAUCCAGACGUCUUACGAUACACUCUUGAGCUCACUCGCGAAGAUAUCCAAAUGCUUCGAGAGAGACUCAAGAGAGACUCACCAAAGGAACUUCGUUUGUCAACGUUUGUGAUAACGUUUUCUUAUGCUUUGACGUGCUUAAUCAGAGCUCGAGGCGGAGAUCCAAAUAGACUUACCGGGUUUGGUUUUGUUGCGGAUAGUCGAAAACUAGUCAAUCCGCCAAUCCCAUCGAGUUAUUUCGGCAAUUGCGCCACCGGUACUUUUAAAGUGCCAUUACGAGCAGAAACGUUUAUGGCUAAAGAAGGGUUUUUGGCUUCUACGAGGUUGGUGAGCGAUUCGGUUGAGGAACUGAACGAGAGUGUGGUGUGGAAGAUCCCAGAUUUUGUAGCAUUUUGGACACAACUUCCACUAGGUACACAGAUUGUUUCUGUUGCCGGGUCGACCAAGUUUGGAGUAUACGGGUUGGAUUUCGAGUGGGGCAGACCGGAAAAAGUGGUGAUUGUGUCAAUUGAUCAAGGCGAAGCGAUUUCCUUGGCGGAGAGUAGAUAUGGGAAUGGUGGUGUGGAGAUUGGUUUCUCGCUGAAGAAACAAGAAAUGGAUGUUCUCAUUGAUUUGCUCCAUAACGGACUAAAAAUGUAAUUGCUUUUCCUUCAAAUAAAAUGGUAACUUCCUAUUUUAACUAAACGCUUUAUACAGAUCCGAGAGUAAAAAAACCGAAAAUUUAUACUGUUGGUCGGAAGCUACUUGUGUGUUGUGUUAUUGUAUGAAAUUCUGGUCAUAUUUUUGGUU